AUGGAAUAUAACGGAGGCGAUGGAACUGGAGAUGAGGAUCGAGUGAAGAUGGAAUGGGAAGUAGGUCUUCCCACUCCCAAGGAGCUAAUACCUUUAUCUCAGUGCUUGAUUUCUCCAGAGCUUGCGUCGGCUUUUGGCAUAGUCUCAGAGCCCUGCACCAAUCAAGCUUCUCAAGAUACCUUGGUGAGUCUCCCUUCACAGUCACAACAGAUGACUUUGUCGAAUAAUUUCGAUUUCAUGCUUCUCGAGGAUCAAAGGACAAAAAAUUGCGUAAUCGUGGGAAGAGACGACGUGGAUUUUCCAAGGGAGAAUGGUUCGGAGGCGAGGAAGCGGAGGAAGCUGCGGAGUAUCAUUGUCCGAUCGCGACUAGUUUGGACCUCAGAGCUUCACAGGAGUUUCGUAGAUGCGGUGGCUCAUUUAGGUAUAAAAGACGCAGUUCCAAAGACUAUUAUGAAGUUAAUGAAUGUUAAAAGUUUAACUCACAAGAAUGUCUCGAGUCAUCUUCAAAAGUAUAGAUUGUAUAUGAUAAAGAUGGAUGGACUUUCCAACAAGAUGAAAGGGUUAUCCAUCGACGGGUCUUCUACUUUAGAUCAUUUGUUUGCUGUAGUGCAACAAGAGUCAAGUGGCAAGCCAAAAUGA